CGUCUUAAUCUAGGUUCCAACCUACAAAAACAUUCAUCCAUCACUAGUCGAAUGCUCGACUCCUCUGCCAAUUCUCGCCUCCUGGACGACUCCACCAUGGACGACAAGGUCUCCGUCGUGGACAUGGACGACAGCGUUCCCCCUUCAUCCUCCCCAAACUCUCAGAUUCCGUCCCGACCACCGGUUUACGGUCGUCCUCGUCGGUCGUGGCGUCGGUCACCUUCCCAAAUUUCGACGAGCUACCAACCCAUCGACUGGGAGUCGGAGGACGGCGUUCGCUUCGACAGCUCCCGAUUACGUCGCACCGUUAGCGAUAGCGUGAUAAACGCCAGCGACUUUGGCAAUGGGAGGAAUGGACCUCCAAAUUUGAAAGUUUCGGGCUUACGGCCUCAAACCCACAGAAAUUCGAGCUCCCGCAAUUACCACGGCAGUCGAAGUGGGGGUGAUGACAAGCUCACCCGUAAGGUGACGACGCCCAUGCCGACGUUGCUGCAUGGGAAGAGCAUUCUCCAGAUUAUGGCUAUUGGGUCGAUUGAAUCAAUCGCUCGAGACUCGAAUUCCAUCGAUUGGUCGGACAGUCUCGGGCCGGUGGAUGAAGUUGAGGACAUACCACUAAUGGACCCGCACUAUGAUCUCACAUCGGCAAAGAUGAUGAGGUUGUUCUCGUUAUUUAAUCCUGGAGAGGACGGAAUGGUGUCGUAUGAAGGUUUUCGCUGUGGUUUGGAGGCCAUGGGUAUCGCCUGUGGUGACGACGACCAGUUUCAAACGUUUAUUGACAAAGUGGAUGAUGAUAAGAGCGGUGGAAUCACGUAUGAGGAGUUCUUGUUCGCUAUCCAGGAGAUCAAACUCGCGCAGCUUUUCAAUAAGGAUUUUCUACGCAACAUGCCGCCAGAAUACUCUCAUAUAAAGCGCAGAAAGGUGGGAAAUGCAGUACUGGGAUCUAUCGAGUACUCCCCCGACCGUAUUCGCAGUGUGUAUCCGAUUGACCAAGUGCAGAGGUUCAUCUACUCCACCAAACCAGGGUGGGCUUCAGUGCGGUGGAUCAACGUUGAAGGCAUUGAUCCUCUGCUCAUGAGACGCUUGUCUGUACGUUAUCGUCUGCAUCCAUUGGCUAUUGAAGACACACUGGACGCAGAUGUAGAGCGUCCGAAGUAUGAAGAGUACGACGAACAUUCCUCACUUAUCCUGCAGACUGUACACGCUCGAGAUUUGUCUAUGGUUAAGAACUACCAAAGCAUGUACCGUGCUUCACUUUACGUUCAAGAUGACGAUGUAUCGCCCUUCGAAAGUAUGACGAAGAAGGAGUUGGAGACGCGCUUGGAGCAACUUAAUAUCGGCUGUGUGAUGACUGCUCCUCAGCAACUUAGUCUGUACGUUAUGGAGGACGUGCUGAUCAGUGUACAGGAAACUUCUAGUACACUCUGGUCGAUGCUGAAGCAGAGACUCGAUACUUCAUACUCCAAGGUGCGUCAGCAUAGUACAGCGUUCCUAGUGUAUACUAUAGUGGACGUUUGUGUGGACGAGUUGACGCCUAUCACGCACACUUUUGGCUCGAAAUUGAUCAUGUUGGAGCGGCUACUUAGUCUUGAUCCUCGCUACUUCGACGUCAGUCGAUUAGCGAGUUGCACGAAACAAAUUAAGGGGCUUCAGGUGCUCUGUAAACCGAUGAGUGAGGUCAUCAUCCAGCUGUCGGAGUCCGAAGAAUUCGAAGGCGAGACGUUACGGUACUUCCGCGAUGUGCUAGAUCAUAUCACUACUAUCGAGGAAGACUGCGAUCGGCACCUGGAUCGAUGUCGCAGUCUCAUGGAAGACUUCCACAACACUCGAGCAGCUCAACAGAAUGAUGUGAGCUACAUCUUGGCUCUGGUGGCGGCCAUCUUCCUGCCGGCACAGUUCUUAACCGGACUGUACGGUAUGAAUUUCACCAACAUGCCCGAGCUGGAAUACCACAGUGGGUAUUAUAUCUGGUGGGCGGUUGUGCUCUUCAUCGCGCUGUCUACGGUCGUGUUCUUCAAGUUUUACAAAAAGUGGCUUUAAGUUGUCUAGUUAAAGAGCAAGUCACAGCUUAUUCCAGUUUUAUGUUGGAUAAAAAAAAAAGGUUAUCAUGC